GUCUGACCCUUAUGGUAUGGUAGAGCUAUUUAAUUAAUUUGUUUACAAACACACGUGUUUCUUCCAGUCGGGAAGCUCUUCGCUAAUCUCGAAGACCAUGGCUAAAAGUAUAAGAAGCAAGCGAAGAAGGAAGAUGAGAGCAGUUAAACGUGAACAGUUUGGAAAGAAAGAAUUGGAAAGAUUAAAAGGUGUUGUAGAAAGGGCCAAGGCAGCAGAAGAUGUAGAAAUGAAAGAAAUGUUUACAGAAAAGACAGCAGCUCAGUUAAAGGAACAAAACAAAGAUGGUGAAAAGAUGGACACUUCAAAAGCUUCAAGAAAUUACAAUCCAAAGACUUUAAAAAAUGAGCACGGAAAUUUCCCAGUAUGGAUGAGUCAAAGAAAAGUAAAAAAGGUGAAGAAAAUGCAGAAAAAGAAAGCAAAAGCAAAGGCGAAGAAGAAGUGAUAUAGCCAGUUUUGUUACGUUCAGGACUCUUGGGUUAAGUUUAUCUUAUUCAUAGGAAGCACUCUGUAUAUACUUCCACAUAAAACAGUAUGUGACUCUUAAAGUUAUAAAAGUGAGAAUUGAAACCACUGUCAGGAUGCACUUUGCCAUUGGUCAGUUUCAAAAUUGUGAUAAGAAACAACCAAUGAGAUCCCUGAGAUUUUGAAACUGGUUUCCAGUGACAGAUGUACAUAACAUUGUUCCCACAGUUUAGAGACCAGUUAUAUAAUUCACUCCAGUGGUGUUAAGAUAGACCUUCUUAGUUGAACAGUAAACAAAAACAAAAUAUACAUGUAUGAAGAAAGAUAAAAAGCAAAAGCUUUAGCUAUAAUAAAGUAGUGACGAGGGUUUUUGAUCUUGUGUGAAAUAAUAAUUUUCAAACAUGUUUAUGCUUAAAAUUCCUUUAAUUAUAUGUACUUACCACUUUGCUUAUUUUCAUCAUAGGUAUUACCUUUUCAAAUUUAUGUCCUCAUCAAAUAUACAUAGACUUUGUAUGCAGAGCUGCAUGUUCCAUUAAGUAUGUGUUAUUAGUCA